AUGCUACUCUUCGGUCUUGGGAAGCUUGUCUAUGUGAUCAUCCUCUUCAUCAACGCCAUCGCUGUCUUAUCCGAAGAUCGCUUCCUUGCCCGCAUUGGAUGGGGCCGAACACAAGCUGAGCCAGGUUUCGGCUCAAGCUACGACAGUACCAGCGUGAAAGCCAAAUCAAUCAACCUGAUUGCCAGUGUGCGAACAGUAAUGCGGAUACCGCUCAUUGUCAUUAAUACCGUUAUCAUCGUCUACGAGCUUAUUCUCGGCUGA